UAUCAAUUGACCAAUUAAAUGAUUUCUAGGAAACACACCUCCACAUUAUAGAGGUCAAGGUCUGAGAGCGGCCAGGCAGAUAAGAAGCAAAUUUAGUUUAAUAUUUAAUUCAAAAGAAGAUCGUCUUUACUGUUUGAGUACACUUACAUUUCAGGACAAAAUGCCUUCUGCGAGACCUCACAUUAACUUGGAUGAACCAAGAUAUGACCAGAGUACUUUCAUGGGAAGAGCAAAGCAUUUCUUCAUCACAACAAAUCCUUUGAAUGUUCUUGCUACAGGCAAACAACUUGAUGAAGCUAAGGAUAUUGUUGAAAGAUACAAGAAAGGGGAAGAUUUACCUGAUCUGACAGAUGAACAGAUAUGGGAUGCCAAACAUUUGUAUGACUCCGCAUUUCAUCCUGACACUAAGGAGAAGAUGUUUAUACUUGGGCGAAUGUCCGCACAGGUUCCGUGUAAUAUGACCAUCACAGGAUGUAUGAUGACGUUUUACAAGACUCCUAGGGAAGUGAUAUUUUGGCAAUGGUUUAACCAGACAUUCAACGCUUUAGUAAAUUUCACAAACAGAAGCGGAGAACAUCCUGUAUCACCUGUACAUUUAGGUAUAUCGUAUACUCUUGCAACAGGGGGUGCAGUUGGUACAGCCCUCACUAUCAAUCAACUAGUCAAGAAAUUUCCACCACUUAUAGGACGUUUUGUACCAUUCACAGCUGUAGCGGCCGCUAACUGUAUAAAUAUACCUUGUAUGAGGAGUAGAGAGAUAAUGCAUGGAAUUCCAGUGUUUGAUAUAAACGGUAAUCGUGUCGGGGAGUCUAAGAAUGCUGCAAGGUCAGCGAUAGCUCAGGUUGUAUUUUCCAGAAUAAUGAUGGCUACUCCAGGAAUGAGUAAGUUGUUGAUAUUUGAGCCGUGCCAUGAGAAAACCAACAUAAUGCGUAGGCUGGUCUGGAUCCAUGCUGGUCUGCAUAUGUUGCUGUUAUCAUUCUUUUUGGUGUUUGCUACACCUCUGUGUUGUGCACUGUUUCCUCAGAAAAGUUCAAUGGCAGUAAAACAUUUAGAGCACGAUCUCCAAGAGAAAAUUCACAAGCUACCUCACUCUAUUGACAGGGUAUACUUCAACAAAGGGCUAUAAUGUGUGACUUGUAUAACAUACAGGGUCUUCCAGCGUAUAAACCGAGUGACAGUAUGGCUGUAGAAGUUUAUAAAUUUUGAAUUGUUAUUGAUAGAGAGAAAGAAACAGGUUGAUGUUUUUCCCUAGUCACAAGUACUAACUGAUAAAAAUGUGUGAUAUUAUGCUGUCCGGAACAGCAUUUUUGUGUGAAAACUGUUUUUAUGCCCCCGGCAUCUACUGAUGCGGGAGGCAUAUAGUGAUUGACCUGUCCAUAUUCGUUCGUUCGUUCGUUCGUUCGUCCGUCCGUCCGUCCAUACGAGGUUAACCAAAUGGGACCGUUUCGUCUAGCAUCAAUACCCCUUACUACAAUUACUUGAUACUAAUGAAGAUGUAACCUGUGACCAUUCCUCAUCUUCAGACAUCACCUGACCUUAGUUUGACCUUGACCUCAUUUUGGACUUAGGUUGCUUUAUAUGGGCCAUCUCUUGGUUAACCAAAUGGGACCGUUUCGUCUAGCAUCAAUACCCCUUACUACAAUGACUUGAUACUAAUGCAGAUGUAACCUGUGACCAUUCAUCAUCUUCAGACAUCACCUGACCUCAGUUUGACCUUGACCUCGUUUUGGACUUAGGUUGCUUUGUAUCGACAAGGAUGCCACCGGGGGCAUCAAGCGUUUAUUGAAUGCAGCUCCUUAUUUUAAUGAUUUUUUCCUCCUAUCACAUGCUGUUGUUAGUUACGCGAUCCACAAUGUCCUAAUUGAAUUUUUUGUACUUGCUUUUGAACAUAAUGCAUAGUAACAUGCAUAGUAACAGUCACACAUUUUUUAAUAUGAAUUCAUUUUCAGUUUUGUUUUUAGUUACACCAUCUGUAAAAAUUGUUUUUGAUAUUUUUGACAUGAAUGAUUAUUAUAAUCAAAUGAGAGACUGUAUAUAUAUAUACACACAAGAAAGCUAUAAUACUUUUUUGAGUUUUGAAGUUUUCAUAUCAUUAAAUUUACUUUUUGAUAUUUUUGACCUAUAUGAAUAAGAAUAAGAGUGUAAGAUUCUUUCACUGGUGGUAGAUGCAGAUGGGAGAAUCAGGCUCUGCAGAGUUACCGCGUAAACAGCUACCUGAGAGCCGGAUAUUUCCACCUGCACUUACCACCAGUGGUUGAAACUUUUUCUUGCAUGCCAUAUUCAACAAAUAAUAGUUAAAUAAAUUUAAACAAAUGACUUUCCUACAGCACUUUCUUCUUACAAUAGUGUAUUAAGAAUGCGCAGGAACUGUACGUCUGUAAACAGGAAGUAUGUCAUGACAUCAUACUACCCUGGGGUGAAAGAUGGAGUUUUCUUACACCGGUGAAGUCACCAGAAAUCCCAAUCUGGUUUGCAAGGAACUAUGUUUCUCAGUUUCUUUAUAUACAAGAAAUCAGUUAUAGUAUUUUGCAUUUUGAAGUUCUCAUAUCAAAUUUAGAAGUUGUAAAGCCACAUGUCUGUCUUAAAAAAAGCAUAUUUUCAUGAAGUCUCUUCAGAUCUUGUAAAGUCAUUUUAUUUCAUGGGCAUUAACUUUUGUGGUUUUGUCAAAGGCAACAAUUUCUUGGGGAUGUGGAUUUUGACUUUUGAACAUAAAUUGAAUGGGAUUUAAUUGCUUCACUGAUUAAAUGUCAUAGAUUAGCACAAGUCGAAAUCUACAAAAGACAGUCUACAACGAAAAAGAAUAAUUUUAUUGUAUUUAAAGUACAUUUGCAGAAAAAGAAAACUAUUGUAUGUUUUAUAGUAAUACCUAAUAAGCUGCUACAGAUUUUCAAAUAUUUAAAUUUUUGACUCGCUUACUGGUUUAUUAAACCAGGGUACACUGUACCUAUUGAGUGAAUCCAUUUAUUGAUUGUUAAGAUCGCAAAUAUGAUGUUGCUAUUGGUUACUUACAGUUUAACUUGUUAAACUAUACUGAACAUCAAAAGAAACUAUCCAGAUGUAUAACUAGGGUAUUUUUUAAUAGAAAACUUAAAUUUAUAAAUUUGGCUUGUUUUCGUCAUACAACAUUACACUGGAAGAACUUCACAUGUCAAAUUUUGAAAAUCAGUCAACCAUGAAGUCAUUAGUCCCACAAUAGCUGUUUUGCAUGAAAUUCACGUGCGCGUGUAAUUAACAGUUUUCUUUGUAAAAUUUUAUUGUCAUUGGAAUAAUUGAUGAUUGACUCACUCGAAAAACAGCAUAAAGCUAAAAACAAUAUUGCUGGUUGCAUGGCACGAUUGAAUCAAAUUCAGCGCAAGCGCGCAAUUGGGAUGUUACAAUACAACAGACGCGCAGAAGAUAUAGCCGGAAUUUCAUGCAAAACCGCUAAUGUGGGACUACUGACUUCACGGUUGAUCAA